GUAUUUGGGAUCUUGCUCAGAAAAUGGUUCUGAAUUCAUACCAAGGCUGCAGUGCCUCUGGCUACCUUCCUGCCUCCCUGGCUUGGCAUCCGCAGCAGAGUGAAGUCUUUGUCUUUGGUGAUGAGAAUGGAACCAUCUCCCUUGUGGACACCAAGAGUGCAAGCUGUGCCCUCAGCUCAGCUGUGCACUCCCAGUGUGUCACUGGGCUUGUGUUUUCCCCACACAGUGCUCCCUUCCUGGCCUCAAUAAGUGAAGACUGCUCACUUGCUGUGCUGAAGUCAGGCUUUUCUGAGCUAAUGCACGCCACCAGCCACCAAGACCUGGUAACCAACAAGUGACACCCAGAAGUGGCAAUUCUGUGCCAAUAUUGGCAGAGACAGUGGCAGUGGUGGAAAAGGUGGUAGUGAUGGAGGAAGUGGUGGAGGAGGUGAUGGUGUGGGGGCAGUGAAGGAGAUGAAGGUUUCUGCACUAGUAAAGCAGAUGGCAUUCAUAACUAUCCCAAAGACAACACCAAGUUCUACCAGUGUGCGGGAGGCAGGACCUUCCAUUCCCAGUGUGCCCAGGGUCUGGUGUUUGACCAGAACUGCAAAUGUUGUAAUUGGCCUUAAAUUUUAAAUGUUGGAAAAACUCUACUUUGUCGCAGAGUCUCUUAUACUGCAUGUCAAACUUCAUCUUCCAAUACUACAUAUAGUCUGCAUAUUAUAUCUAUCUGUCUGUCAGUUUGGAAGCCCUACCUUACUGAAACAGCAUUAUGAUUAGGUCUUACUCCAUUAAAACCUAAAAAAAAAAUUG